AUGUCAGACACGCCACCUCCUGAUGCAGUGCCCGUCGAUGGGCGAGAUAGGACACCUGAAUUAGUUAGUUCCCGUGAGAAACGUCGUCGUGAAGACGAAAACGAAGAAGAUGAUCGUGACGCUCAGCGUGAUAGGUCCCACCAUCGAUCCUCGAGACGACACCGAACCGAUGACGACGAGCGAGAUCAGGACCGAGACCGCGAAAGGGAAAGAAGACAUCGACGACAUCGAGAGGACGAGACUGAGGAAGAACGACGUGAGCGACAUCGACGAAGGGAUGAGGAGACCGAGGAAGAGAGAAGAGAGAGAAGGAGAAGGAGAGAAGAGGAGACUGAGGAGGAGAGAGAGGAAAGACAUCGACGAAGAAGAGAACGGGAAAGAGACAGGGACAGGGAGAGAUCCAGAAGAGAUUCUAUCGGAUCUAGUCGAAGAGAUAGAGACAGAUCGAGAGAGAGUCAUCGAUCUGAUGCUAGGCCCAAAGUAAAAGAAUUGACAAGAGAGGAAAAAGAAGCUGAACGUGAGAGACGUGAUAGGGAAAUGGCCGAGGAGAAGAGAGAAGCUGCUCGAGCGAGGGAAGCGAGAUUCGCAGAGAUGGACCGAGAACGUGAGCUCGAACGACGAAGACUCCGAGAUGAAGAACGAGGACUAUCCCGAGAUAGAUCCCCUCCCCGUCGACGAAGAGGUUCACCUUCUUAUUCUUCCCCUGCGCCACCGAGAGACCCAGCUACAGCUCUCCUGGACGAAGUAGAACGGGAAAACCGAUCCAUCUUCAUCUCUCAAUUAUCCGCUAGGUUGACUUCUCACGACUUAGGAAUGUUCUUCGAAGAUAAGCUAGGUAGAGGUGCGGUCAGAGAUGCUAGGAUCGUUACUGAUAAAGUCACGAGAAGAUCAAAGGGUAUCGGGUACGUUGAGUUGGACGCUGCAGAACUUGUCAAUAGGGCUAUAGCACUCACCGGAACCAUCGUCAUGGGUCUCCCAAUCAACGUCAUGCUCACCGAAUCAGAGCGAAACAGAGAACCAACCGGUUCCAGUACAGCUCCUGUUCCUGGCCCAGAUGGACAGAUCGCUCGUCCAGCAGUGACAUUCGGUCACACAUUCCCACCUUUAUCCACCGGUCUUACUAUUCCUCAAGGAUUAGAUGUCGACGCACACCGAGACGCUGCUAUUCCUUAUCACAGGUUAUACAUCUCCAAUAUCGCUUUCAGUCUUUCUGCCGAUGAUAUCAGACAGGUAUUCGAACCGUUUGGCGAGAUUGAGUUCGUGGAUCUGCAUAUCGACUUCUCUGGUAUGAAGAAAGGAACAGGUUACGUGCAAUACAAAGAACUUCAAGCUGCUCAGAUGGCAUUGGAUGCGAUGGCUGGAUUCGAACUUGCAGGUAGACCAAUCCGAGUGCAGACCGUUCAAGAUCGGGCUUACGUAGCUACCGAGCAAAUUGAAGAUAAUGGGAAUUACGGGACUAGACUGGAUGCGAAUCAACGUCAACAGCUCAUGUUCAAACUUGCUAGGGCUGAACCGACUGUUAACUUGGCUUUGUCCGCCCCUAAGCCUGUUACCGUACCAUCGAAAACACCUCAGAUGAACCCUACUCCAUUCAUCAUCGUCAGCAAUAUGUUCAACCCUGAUGAGGAAACCGAACGUAACUGGGAUCUCGAUUUGGCAGAAGAUGUAAAGGGUGAGGUGGAAAGCAAGUACGGGAAAGUCAGACGAAUCAAAGUAGAAAAAAUGUCAGCGGGCGAAGUAUACAUCGAAUUCAACGAGAUUGACGGAGCUACUUCCGCUAUAAAAGGAUUAAACGGAAGAUUCUUCGGUGGAAGACAAUUACAAGCUUCUUACAUCUCUGAAGCGUUAUUCAAAGCUCACUUGUAG